GCAUAGGAAGCGCACACGGACCAAAACUAAGGAGCGAAACUUCUCAUAUGGUAAGCCAGCCGCCAUUCAACCGAACAAUCGUUCAGUGUUCAACAGACAUCAUACUGAGUGGACGCCAAGAUACGCCAAAGUCGUAUAUUAGUUCUGUGCUCAGCUUUCUAUUCAUACCUUUCCUUAAAAGGCAAGAGAAUGUCGAAGCCAUCUGUUACAAACUUUAGUAAGAGAACAGGGAGCCCCUUUCAGAAGAUGGAUCAAGAAAAAGACGAACAGAACGAAGAAGUCCUACACAAAACAAAUUAUGAAAAGCAAAAGGAAAAAAGUGAAGAGUUAGUUCUAAAAGCUAGUAAGGAAGCAGCUGAAUACCAUUCGAAUAAACCUAGUUCUGGUGUGUUCCCUGAAGUAGCGACUCAUGGUGCUUUUACAACUAAGAAGGUCGAGACGGAAAAACCUAUAGAAAAUCAACCACUUUCAAAGAGUAAUAAUGGGAACUCAAAACCACUCCUAGGAUUCCCUUCAUCAGCCAACGACUUAGCACUGGAAGCAAAAAAGGAUCUAGAAUCUGAUCCAAAUAUAUCCACAGAAGUCAGAGAAAAAGUAAUUGACAAAUUGUUUACUUUAGUAUCAAUGGUGCAACACAGCUACGAGUCAAAAGUCAGAAUCAUGACUGAAUUUGAAAGAUUCAAGGACACCCAUCUCAAAAAUGACAACGACGAAAACGAACAGUUAGAACAACUGCGAAGUGAGUUAGAUUUACUGCGGAAUAAGAAGAAAGAUAGUGAUGUAAAAUUUUCUUCUUCGAGGGAUUGUCAAUCUGGUACGGUCAGACAGGCGUUGGAGCGCGGGGCCCCUAAAUUCGCGGGGCCCGUAGCAUUUGCUACUCUUGCUACGUGGCUAAUCCGGCACUGGAUAACAGUGAUUCCUAAAUCGAAUACUAAUGAUGUUAUUUAGAAUAAAUCAAUUGUAAGCU